AUGAAAGCUAAAUGUUUAAAUCCACUAAUGGGCAACUUACCUGCUUCUAGAGUCAUCCCAAGUUCUCCAUUUCAGGUUAGCGGUGUCGAUUUUGGCGGUCCAUUUUACAUCACAGACCGAAAGGGUCGCGGUUGCAAAAUAACAAAAUGUUAUUUAUGUCUAUUUGUAUGUUUUGCCACUAAGGCUUUACAUUUAGAGGUAGCAAGCGACCUUACGUCUGAUGUUUUCAUUUUAUGCUUGCGACGGUUUAUAUCUCGAAGAGGAAAGCCUCUUCAAUUGUUAUGUGAUAAUGGCACAAAUUUUGUCGGCGCAGGCAACGAAAUCGCGAGAUUCUUAAAAACAAAUAACGAAGAAAUCUCAGGUUUUGCAGCAAAUGAGGGCAUUAAUUUCAAGUUUUCACCAGCAUACUCCCCUCACUUCGGUGGGCUUUGGGAAGCGGGCAUUAAAUCCGCCAAAUACCAUAUCACUAGAAUCUUAGGAGACAAACAUUUGACAUUUGAAGAACUAACAACAUUAUUUACGCAAAUUGAAGCAAUCCUUAAUUCCAGACCAUUGACCCCACUUUCUUCUGAUCCUACAGACCUUAAUCCUUUAACUCCAGCACAUUUCCUCAUAGGCAGGCCACUCACUUCAUUGCCAGUAGAAAAUCUCUUACAAGCAAAUCCUAACAGGCUCAGCAGAUUUCAGAACCUCGAGAGCAUGCGUCAACAUUUUUGGCAUCGUUGGAAGAAUGAAUAUCUCAGCGAAUUACAACAAAGGUCCAAAUGGCGCAUCAAGCAAGAAGGGCUAAAGGAAGGCGAUCUGGUUGUCAUCAAGGAAGCCAACGUUCCUCCUUUGAAAUGGCGUAUGGCCCGAGUUUCGAAGUUGUUUCCCGGAUCGGAUGGAGUUUCAAGAGUGGCUGAGCUUUACACAUCCAAGGGUAUCAUCCGAAGAGCUGUGCACAAUCUUUGCUCCCUGCCGGUACCACCAACAGCGGAAGUUCCUCGAAGUCCAAAGGGAUUCGAGGGGGGGGAAGAUGUUUAGUUUGUGACACCCUGUGCGCGGUUUGUACAUUGCAUGUGAACGCCUUUAUAUUAUAAACAUGUGUAAUAUGACUUCUGUGCGGAAGAUAACGCAUAUUGAAUUAAUUGCGCUGUACGACAUCGAAUGUAACACAUUAGAUUAAGCCAAGAGAUUGUAAUUACGAAUAUAUAUUUUAAAACCAA